CUUGCCGCGACUGACCCCACUGACAAAGCCACGCGAUAGAAUCGGAACGGGUGUUGAACCGAAAGGUCAGCGGGACGCAUGAGCAAGGUUCGCGAUCGCCAUGAUAUUAGAGGCGAACUGCAGCUGCUGAGAUCAGUUGGUCAUCCGUUGGCAACCAUGCAACUGGUCACUGCCCUCGCUGCGCUGUCCGCGCUGGUGGCGGCGGUUAGCGCUGUCGCCGAAGGACCCCUGGCGACGGAGUGCACCUGUCGGGAGCACGUGUUGGUGUGCGUGAACGGGAACUGGACCUCGCUUCCUCCGCUCGUGCCCUGUCCGGACGCGACAAUCAUCCAACUGCAGGGCAAUCUCUUGCAAGACAUCCCCGACGGUCUGACUGCCUUCGUGACCGUGAGCGCGCCGCAUAACAGGUUGACGCGGCUUCCCGAAGCAUCGAAACUCAAUCCGGAGAUUAAGAAUUUGGUGCUGAAUGACAACCAGAUUUCGGGAUCGACGAAUAAUUUUCGGUCGUUGUCAAGUUUGUCAAGAUUGCGUCUGGAGAGGAAUAGGUUGACUUCGUUGGAUUUCUUGCCGGAACGGUGUAACCUGCGAAACCUCGAUGUGUCCGGGAACGCCCUUACAAGCUUGGCAGGACCUCUGAAGAACUGCGCAGAGCUUACGUUCUUGGGACUCGAAAGCAACUUAAUCACUUCAAUUCCGAGCGAUGUAUUUUCUAGAAUGUCUAAACUGAAACACCUCUAUCUAUUUAAGAACAAGAUCGCAGCUAUUCCCGAUGGGACUUUUGCGCACUUAAGUGCACUUAUUGACCUCACUCUUCAAAUGAACCCGAACAUACAGUUAUCUUCUGGUUCCUUCCAAGGGCUUUCGCACCUUCAAUACUUGGACCUGUCUUUCAACGAGCUUCGGAAUCUUCCGGCCGGCCUUUUCACGCCGUUGCCACAGUUGCGCAAGUUGGUUCUGAGCAAGAACAAGCUCACCACUCUCCCUGCGAACACCUUCUCCAGCCUCAACGCCUUGAAGGAGCUCACGCUGUGGGCCAAUGAGUUGACUCAAGUACCCGUGCUGCAGAACUGUUGCGGCAGUUUGGAAGAGUACAACUUGCUGAACAACAACAUCGUGGCGCCCAGCGAAGAAGCUGUUCGCUCCGUGCUGAAAGGCAAGAUCGUCACCAAGAUCGGCGGCGCCCUCGUGCACCCUGACACUCUGCGUUGGGCGGCGGAGGCGCAGGACGUGGAAAAAUUCGUCGGCUCAAGUUGCAGUUGCGGAGGGCUACGGCGAGGUACGGCCAAAAUUGAAUUUUGUGUGGACACCCCCUGCGGCGCUGGUAAACGCUACGCAGACUGGAGGGAAGUGAUCGCUGCUUGAUCGACGCAACAUUGAAAAGCUAUCGAUGUGUAUUUGACCACGAACUUACAUUCACAUACAAACUUUUCAUAAGUAAAAACUGUAAUUGUACAGAAUCUCGUUACAUAAUAAACAUUGAGUAAACAAAUUGUCUCAGAAAUUACCCAUCUACCAUCAGUAACGUUCAAAGUCUCACAACAAAUUGGGCAAGUUUUGUUAAUCACAUUCCGAUAUUUUGGGUGGCGUCUGGUGUACUGUGUCCGGCGGACUCUGCUUACUCACGCAGCGCUGGCUGUGAGGACGUCUACACCAACGCCACCUUAGGGCACUGGUGUGUCCCAGGCUGCACAGCGUCGGCCACCGCACUGACUGUACGGGUGGUGUGGCGCCUCCCGUGGCGAGGGCGGGCGACAGGGUUACGUUGCCGGCCGGGCGCGAGGUUGGUAUACACCCGGGGGCGAUGGACCCUCGCCGUGUGCGAGUAGAAGCAGGCCACUCUCCACCACAGGAAAUUUAGUUUAACAUUUAUUUAGUUAAAAAACAGUUAAAACUGUAUGUGAGGCAUGGGGGAGAAGGUAAUAUGUUCACGUUUCUUUGAGUUCCAGGAUCCCUUCCCAUCAUUUUAACUAUAAAUAGUUGAAAGAUGAGUAAAGGUUAAAGAUA